AUGAACACUCUUAUAGGAAUCCUGGGUGUGCUGUCUGUUCUUGUUUCAACAGGUAUGGAAUGUAUACAUUUAAAUAUAUAAGCAAUGCCCUUGCCAUAUUGAGUUCCUGUACGCCCACUGCAUCUAUUUGUUUGUUAGUCCAGGUAUUGUACAACGCUGCAUAAUAUGUUGGUACUUUAUAAAUAAUAAUAAUAAUAAUACAAUUAAUAUAUCAUUGCAAGAAUGUAUUCAAAUGUUUUGUUACUCUGUUUUUAUGUCCUUGUAUCAAUAUUUACUUUAUAGAAGGUAUUAAAACAUAUAAAAACCUAGUAGAACAUGAGAAUUUUAGGAUUUCAGUUUAUAAUAUUUAAUAUAUAAUUAGUCAUUUCAAAUCAAAUUGGGAAAGAUGCAACAAUUAUAGGUAUUUGUUCCUAGAUUUUAGAGCUUAUUAAUUAUACAUUUUAUUUUAUCCUACAUAGAGUCUAGAGUUUGAUUUCUUUAAUAUUCCUAUGUUUUUAUGUAUUUAAUUUUUUUGUUAUUUUGAAAAUCUCACAAUUGCAUCUUGUCUGUUGAUGUAAUUUUAUUUUUAUUGUAUUGUAUUCAGAUGUAAAUUACUGAAAAUUUCUAUUGUUAUAAUACAUUUAAAUUACAAUAAGAGAUGACCCAAACAGUUAUUAAAGUGAUCAUAUUUAAAAAACCCAAUGUUUAAUUAUAGUAUUUUAAUUUAAAUUAAACUUUUAUAAUGAAAUCUAACUGAAAAUCCAUACAUAGUAUAUAUUUCUGAUGUUUUGCCCACCAGAAACCAGUGACAUGACUAACUAAAUAUCACCAUAUUUAAUCUUAAGACCUGGACAAGUACCUGUUUGUUUAUGUGUAUAUAUGUUUACAUUGCAAGGUUAAAACAGCCUCUCAAAGCUGUCUUACAGACAGCCACUAGAGGUAUUCCUGGCUUUUCUUUGUGUCUAACUCUGUGAAACGAUGCAGGACAUCCAUAAGGACAUCCAGCGUCUUGAAAUUCCCCAGAGCAAGCAUGUCAAUCUUGCGGCCCGUGGACCACAUGCGGCCUGCAAUGAUUAUAUUUGCAGUCCAGCAGAGGCAGCUUUCUAAUUAGGUGAUUUAGACUGCUGCCUAAGGCCUCGGGGCCACCUAAAUCACCUUAGGGCAGACUAACAUAUCGUGUCCUCGGUAUAUGACCGAGGACCUGACGUAGGGAGGGGGCCAGGUGGCUUGCCAUUUAUGCUGCCGGGUGCGAGGCUCUUCCCUCAGUUUGCCCUAAGAGCCAGCACUAUAGUCAGUCUGCAGCUCUGUCAGGUGCAGAGCUGCAGACUGAAGUGUCUCAAGAUCUCCAGCAAAUCAGAACAUUGCUGCAGGUUACCGCGGCAGUGCUCUGACUGGAGAUCGCAAGACACUUACCAUGUGGCUUGUAGCUCUGUGUGCGGCGUAGCUACAGACCAGAUAAACAGACCACCAGCGAAAGCUGCCCACCAGACCACCAGGGAAUGGAUUAGGAAAUAAUUUCUAAAAACAAAAGGUGUUUCUGGAAGGAAAACCCCCCUCCACACUAUAUUACCCCCUCCCUGCUCCACAAUAUAUCACACCCAUCCACACUAUAUCCCCCCCUGCUCCACACUAUAUUACACCUUCACACUAUAUCAUCCCCACUUCAUACUAUAUUACCUCCACAAUAUAUCACACCCAUCCACACUAUAUCACCCUCCACUCCACACUAUAUUAUCCCCUUCACACUAUAUCAUCCCCACUUCACACUAUAUCACCCCCUCCACACUAUAUUACUCCCUCCCUGCUCCACAAUAUAUCACACCCAUCCACACUAUAUCACCCCCCCGCACCACACUAUAUUACCCCCUUCACACUAUAUCAUCCCCACAUCACACUAUAUCACCCCUUCCCUGCUCCACAAUAUAUCAAUAUAUCACACCCAUCCACACUAUAUCACUCCGAAGCUCCACACUAUGUCACCCUCCUCCACAAUAUGUUACCCCCCUCCACACACACUGUCACCCCUCCACAAAGAAUAUCACCCAAGUCACCCCCUCUCCACACACACGGCCACUAUCUAAAUACACACAGUCACCGCUCCCCACACACACUGUAACUCUCCUUCACCCUGCCACCUUAACAUUAACCUCUCCUGCUCCUGUCACACUCAGCCCCACCAAUAAUGCCGCAUUCAUCCUAUCACAUAAACCAUCCUAAUCAUGUCACUCUUACGUUUUCUCACACAAUCACAUUCAUCUGCUUUUACCCUAUCACACUCAACCUUUCACAUCAUGCCCUCCAAUCCUGUUACACUCAUCCUGCCCCUGGCAUGCCACACUGACCCUGUCAAAUAACCCCCCCAAACCUGUAACGCACACCUCCCCUCGUCCUGUAACACUCCCUCCUCCAGCUGUGCCACACUCACCCCCCGACCCUGCCACACUCACCAUGUUACAUUAACGCCUCUAAUCCUAUCACACUCACCCCCUCAUUCUGCCACACUCACCCCCAAACCCUGUCUCAUUCAUUCCCUUACCCUGUCACACUCACCCUGCCACAGUUACCCCUUUACUUAUCCUGUCACAGUCACCCCUGAAGACAAUCAUCAUACAUACAAAUUCAUUAAGCAUAGCUUUGCCACAAACACUGUGCACAAGGGCCACAGGCAGCCCUCCUACAUACACUGUUCCAUAUACAUUAUUUUUUUUAUACUGUACUUUUUGAAAUAAACCUAUGUUUCUAUGAACAUUUAAGUUUUUGUUUUUUUGCGGCCCACAUAAACUUAAACCUUGUUUACAUGGCCCGUGUUAGCCUUUGAGUUUUGCCCUAGAGAGUUGAUUCAAUGCUUUUCUAUCGGGAGAUCCUAAUGCACGCACACUGCACAUUAGGUUACACCAUGGACGUGACGUCAGAGGCGACAGAGAAUAAGUGUCGAGGAACCUGCAGGAAUCAGAAAAGUGAAUUAAAGAGUUUUUAACCCUUUUUUGAGCUCAUGGAGAGAACCUAAUGUGUGAGGUUUAUGGGGAUUACUAUAGCUUUCGGAAUACUGUUUUGUAUUGCUAACGCUAUAGUGUUCCUAUAAAUGUAAAUUAUAAACACAAAUAGUCUGAUUUAUUUUUUUUCAUUUGCAAUCAUAGUGUGCAUUUUCUCUUUUUUUUUAUACUAAAUAUGAGAACAUAGGAAUAUAAAAUACAUUGUUAGAUUUUCUUCUUUGAUAUUUAUAUCUAUCUCAAACUCUACAAAAUUGCAGACACUUAGAUAAUAAUAACAAGAAUGCUGGUAGCAAGGUAAAUACAAAAAACAAAGCAGAAAGUGAGUCUGAAUAGAAUGAAAUAGACCGACUAUAAGACAGAUACAAAAAGAAAGAAUUAACACAAGAAAUAGACAUACAUUAACACGGUUAUUUACUCAGGUAAGAAAUGUUGAGAAUUCAAAAUGAAUUCAAGGUGAAAUUGAAAUUGAGGGCCAAAGUAUCCAAACUAGGCGCAUAUACUGACUGAAGGAAUUUUGUUUCCCAGUUUAGCUGCUAUAGCCAUAACAUGCAAAUUCACUUUUCCCAAUUCACUUUGCAUUCACUUUACAUAGUUACAUAGUUACAUAGCUGAAAAGAGACUUGCGUCCAUCAAGUUCAGCCUUCCUCACAUUUGUUUUUUGCUGUUGAUCCAAAAGAAGGCAAAAAACCCAGUCUAAAGCGCUUCCAAUUUUGCAACAAACUAGGAAAAAAAUUCCUUCUUGACCCCAGAAUGGCAGUCAGAUUUAUCCUUGGAUCAAGCAGUUAUUACCCUACAUUGAAAGAUUAUAUCCUUGAAUAUUUUGUUCUUGCAAGUAUGCAUCUAGUAGCCGUUUGAACAUCUGUAUGGACUCUGAUAAAACCACUCCUUCAGGCUGAGAAUUCCACAUCCUGAUUGUUCUUACAGUAAAAAAAACCUUUACUUUGACUUAAACAAAAUCUUCUUUCUUCCAGUCUAAGCGCAUGACCUCGUGUCCUAUGUAAAGUCUGGUUUGUGAAAAGAUUUCCACACAAUGGUUUGUAUUGGCCCCGAAUAUAUUUGUAUAAUGUUAUUAUAUCCCCUCUCAGGCGACGUUUUUGUAAACUAAGUAGGUUUAAAUUUGUUAUCCUUUCUUCAUAGCUGAUAUGUUCCAUUCCUUUUAUUAAUUUUGUAGCGCACCUCUGCACUUUUUCUAGUGCCAUAAUAUCCUUCUUUAGAACAGGUGCCCAAAAUUGCAUAGCAUAUUCAAUAUGUGGUCUUACCAGUGAUUUAUAAAGAGGCAAAAUGAUAUUCUCUGAUUGACAUUGCACAUUGUUGCAUAGUUUGUUGUCUAUAACAAUUCCCAAGUCCUUUUCGUGUGUUGUUAUCCCUAAUUCGCUUCCAUUAAGGGUAUACGUUGAUUGUGUAUUCUUUACGCCGAAGUGCAUAACUUUGCAUUUUUCAACAUUAAAUUUUAUCUGCCUUUUGAGUGCCCAGUCCCCAAUCUAUCUAAAUCCCUCUGCAGCAAAGUAAUAUCUUGCUCACAUUGUAUUAUUUUACAGAGUUUUGUGUCAUCUGCAAACACUGAAACAUGACUUUCAAUGCUUUUUUCAAUAUCAUUUAUAAACAUGUUAAACAGAAGGGGUCCCAGAACAGAAUCCUGAGGGACACCAGUUGCCACCUCUGUCCAGCUUGAAAAUUUACCAUUAAUGACAACUCUUUGUACUCUUUUUUUAAGCCAAUGUUAUACCCAAGAACAAGCAUUUUCAUCUAGACCGAUUUCCUUGAGUUUGAACACUAAUCUAUUGCGUGGAACUGUAUCAAAUGCCUUUGCAAAAUCCAAAUGGAUCACAUCCACUGCAACACCCUGAUCUAUACUUCUACUCACUUCUUCGUAGAACGCAAUCAAGUUAGUUUGAAAUGACCUGUGCUUCAUAAAACCAUACUGAUUUUUGCUCAUAACCAUGUUCUUCUUAAGGAAUUCUUGAAUAUUAUCCCUUAUCCUUUUAAAUAUUUUUCCAGCCACAGAAUUUAAGCUCACAGGUCUAUAAUUUCCAGCAAGGAUUUUGAACCUUUUUUGAAUAUAGGAACCACAUCCUCCCUUGUCAUCCCAGGAUCCUCUGUGCCUGAUAAUUGCGUGAGAAAAAUCUAUAAUCCAAUUAUCUCUCAGGUACAGAAAAUCCAUACAAAAUAUACAGUACCCCAAAAGUGCCCCCACCAUACUCAGAAAUCCCACAAAAAGUACAUCCCUGGAUAUCCCCGAUCUGAGUGUAUAGCAUAUCCAAAUAUCACUCAGAUCGGUUUGGUGAAAUGGGAAUGCCAUUGAGGUAAAGUUUUGACCGGCCGGACAAGAGGCAGUAGCCCAAUACAGUUCCAGGGCAUUUUGGUGCUUUUGCCGGUCAACUUUCGGCCGCAAUAAAGGGUGCUCUGUCUGGCUCUUGGGCCCCUAAAUCCCCUAAGUCUCAGGUACCUUCCCUACAAAAAGCACUCUCCUGGUGGAUUUCAAAAUGGUUCAAAACCGCAAACAAAGUUGUCCGGGAACCGCACUGUCACCUCAUGUCACCUCAUGCCGAAAACAGUUUCGUAGCAUUCACGGCUAAGUCCCGCUGAGGUGACCGGGAACCCACGAUGUCUUCAUGCCAAAUUUAGUUCUAUAGCAGUCGUGGCUAAGUACCGCUGGGACUAUUUGUAGGUUUGGUUCAUGCAAACGGCCGCCACAGAGCCAGUGUUCAGGGCUAUUCGCAUGAAAGGAAAGUGCCAAACCAGGGGCACCCAGGGAAAGCUACUAGUGGCGCUGGGUAGGGUAACUCCCAAACAGUGUCCCAGACUUGGACCAUAGUCGGUGGGCAGGAGGCUGGCUUCUACACUACUCCAGGAGUUUGUGGCCAACAUAUGUGGGAAGGAGCAUUUGUCACAUGGGCAAUAACUAGCUGUAUAGUACCAGCACAGAUUCAACACAUUCCACCGCAGUGGGUUAGAAUGGAAAACAUGAUAAUACAUGGACAUUUACUCUCUUUACUAUGGCUGUCAAAACAUCUUAGAAGCAAAAAUGUGAAAAUGCUACCCACUACCUGUCUGACUGCUGUUAUGUCUGGUAUUUUGUUAUUCAUUUUACAUUCACCAGCAUUCACUCAGUAUUUCAAUAACAAACUCUACAGUAUUCACCAAGGUAUGCCACGUGCAUUCUUUGUUUAUAUAAGCUUCAGCUGGGGAGUUUCUUGUUUACAUUGCCUCUUGACUCUCUCCAGGUAAAAUAAACGUACUUUGUGCAAAGAACAAACAAACUCCGACUGAAGUUCUAUACUGUAAAUGUAACAAAGAAACACAAUACCUGAUUAAAACAUUACCCUAAAUGGAAGUGAUUUGUGAUAGAGCUCGAUAGCUCUGGAUAUGGGAGUACUGUGUAUAUUAGUAUGCUGUUAGAAUACUAUAUCUGUGUGCUAUAGGUUUAUUAUCACCAAGUACAGUAUACAUUCUGCCCUAAUAAACUGAAAUGCAAACUUUAAAAUGUAGGUUGCAAUAGCCAAUUUGGUCAAAUUUACAACUUACAUAUAGUCAAAAUAUAGCCAGGAUCAUCAGUGCUCUCCUGGUGAUCCUGAAGCCAUGGGUGAAAAGUGUGUACUUUGUAUUUGACCUAUGAUUCAAAUCCCAGCAAUGCUGUUGAAACUCAGUACUCCAGCAAUUGCAAGACCUGUCAAAAUCCUAAUUAACGAAUCCUUGGUGUCUGGAUACAUACCCAAACUUUGGAAGACUGCGAGAGUAGUACCUAUAUACAAACGUGGUAACAUUACUUUGGUUUCUAACUAUCGCUAUCAUUGCUUCCUGUCUUGGAAAAAUACAUCCAUAUGCAACUAUGUGAGUAUUACCAACAAUCAAAUUAUCGGACCCCUGACCAAUCAAGCUUCCGCACAAAUCACUCAACUACAACGGCCCUCUUAAAAGUUUGUAAUGACAUCCAAACUGGCUUGGAACAAGUAGACCUAACUGGAGCUAUUUUCUUUGAGUUUGCCAAUGCCUUUGACACAGUAGACCAUGACAUUCUACUACAAAAAUGCAAAAACUCAGGUAUAGGUGAUCGUCCGCUAACCUGGUUUCGAUCAUAUGUAUCAGAUCGAUCGCAACAAGUGUCCAUUUCUGACAGCGACUCCCUCCCUCUCCUAGUCACAUGCGGUGUUCCCCAAGUUUCCAUACUCGGCCCCUUACAAUUCAGAUUAUUCAUAAAUGAUCUUCCUAAUGUCUGAAAUUCUCAACUGUACACAUGUAUGCAGAUGACACUGCAAUCUACGCUGGAAAACCCGAUCUACCACAUCUUGAGGCUGAGCUCAAAGGCCAGUUCUCAGAGGUGGAAAAGUGGAUCACAAAAUACAUACUCUUCCUAAACACUAACAAAACUGUCACAAUGAUCUUUGGAACAGUACCUAAAUUACACAAAUUACAAGAUUCCCAUCUUAACAUCAACAAAACAAAAUCAAAUAACACACUGAUCGCAGUCCACUCUUUCAGAUACUUGGCUGUGUUGUUAGACCCCAAUCUAUCUUUUGGCCUCCACAUAGGAAAACGUGCAUCAAAACUUUAUCCAAAACAAGAUGCCCUGUACAGAAACAAAUCCUGCCUUUGACCCACUGUAAAGGAAAAGAUUAUACAACAAAUGCUAAUGCUGGUCAUUGAUUAUGGGGAUGUAGUGUAUGCACCUGCACCAUAAACCCACCUUAUUAAACAUACUGCAUUGUAUAACUCGUUCUGCUGCUUUGUACUAGAAUGUAAUUAUAUGACUCACCAUUGUGACAUGCUAAAAGAGCUAAACUGGCUAUCACUGUAAUCCAGACGCACCCUUCAUCUUUCCAGCCUUGUGUUGAAGAGCUUUUCUGGGAAGCUCCCACCCUACCUGAGCAGAAUACCUUCUCCAGCUAUUGCCACCUCUUAUAACCUCCGAUCCAGUACCAGCACUUUAUUUAGUCUACCUCAAUACAAAAAGAAAGCUCGAUCCUCAUUUUCCUACAGAGCACUGAAUUAUGGAACGACCUCCCGCACACUUUCAAAUUUCCCCCAGCCCUAAAGUCCUUUAAGAGAUCCCUCUCUAUAUAUCUCAAAACAGAAUGCACUUGUCAUGGUUGAUUAUAUAUUUCUUAAAUAUAUAAAUAUGUAAAUAUGUUGUGUAUUAAUAUUGUUUUAUAUUUUAUUGUACACUAUUGUAGCUAUGAAAUGUUUUGUGGACCCAUGACAUACUUGAAAAUGAGAAAUCUCAAUGUAUCUUUUUCUGGUAAAAUAUUUUAUAAAUACUUAAUUAAUACCUGAGAUGUUCACUGUCUAGCAAAUGUGCAGGAAUAAGGCAGCAAUUUUCUAAGUCUAGUGGGGCUAGGGAACAGCCUUUUCAAGUCUCCUCUUUUCACCUAAACAUUUCACUUUCAAUUUAUUUGCCUCUGUUUUAUUGAGGGACAUUGGUGGCUUAUGUACUAGGGAGACACCUACUGUUAAAUAUCUAGUACUGCUACAUCUUCUUAAUUUACCUUUUUUAUUGGCAUCACUGGAUUGACUAUCAUUUGUGAGUAUUGACAACAGUGACCCUUACAGGUUGAUCAUUAGUAUUACAUUUUUUUUUUUUUGUGCUUUUUUCCAUCCAAAGUUGGAGAAUUGGACUGAAAUAAACUCUUAAUAUACAAUUAACCUACUUUUCCUAGAGGUUUUUUUUUUUUUAGCUAAUUUGGCACUUAUUACAGUUGAUAAUCAAAUUGUGAAAUAUUCUGUACUUGACCUAUUUAGCGAAAUCAUUGGAGACUACAGAUUGUUUUCUCCCGUAAGGUUUAUUAGUGUUUAGCAUUUAGUAUUUAUUACUACUUUUUUUUUUUUUAAAUAGAAAUUUACAAAGCAAAAUAUAAAAUCCUCAGUACAAAAUACUUUUGUUUUGUUUUUAUAGUGAGUGCUAAAACCCCCUAGGUUUGGUGGGAGAUUAUGUGAGGCUAAUGUCUCUAUUCAGAAAUCCCAAGCCAUUAAAGGACCACUAUAGCGCCAGGAAAACAUACUCGUUUUCCUGGCACUAUAGUGCCCUGAGGGUGCCCCCAGUUUUAACAUCAAUAACAUCAAAAGUUCUGGGAGCUGGAUACAGGAUAAUGGUCACCAGAUCUUCUUUCUCAGAUAGAUGUAUAUGGGAAAAUAAAAUAAACAAACAAGUAUAAAUAAAAUAAAUAAACAAAUACAAGUGCAGCAUCAAUGGGUAGGCCCUACGCAUUUCACCUCUCCUGUGAGACUUCCUCAGGGAAAAUAAAGUGUAGCAUGGUCUCCUUUAUAAAUCUUAUACCAUCCAAAUUCAGAUCACCGUCAGCCAAUCAGAAUGGGUUCCAUCACCUAUGCAAAAUAAUCCUCUCAAUUCAGUUUGCACCAGAAAACCUUGCUGGAAUGCACAUGCAUUCCACUUCCCAGUGCCGGUAUCAUCUUCUUCCAGUGUACAAGUCAACUUAACCCAGAAGAAAUAUGGAGCAUUGUAGAGGUCUUCUGUUCCACUUCCCGAUAUCUUCCCAAUAUCCCAAGAUGCCCUAUAAAUGCCCUCUUUAUUGCCCCUGAGAAAGUCUCAUAGGAGUGACGAAACACGUAGGGCCUUCCAAUUGAUGCUGCACUUUCAUUUGUUUAUUUUAUUUAUACUUGUUCAUUUAUUUUAUUUUAUAAGCAGAGUGUUUUGUGAUUUGAAGGUGUUGCACUAUGGUUUUUUAAUUUUUUGUUACAUGUAUCUAAGGUCCAGAGGAUCUAUGUCAACGGAGAUUGCCAUCAUUAUCUUUGACAGGCUUAUGAUCUUACCUAGAUUUGUGUGUUGAACCUUGAAACAACAAUGCAUAAAUUAGUGAUUUAACUGAAUUACAUUAUUUUUGGCCUUUCUUUUAUAUUUUUGUAGAUAUUUCUGUAUGGCUUUAAGUUGAGGUUUUAGAGCAUCCCUUUAAUCUACAAAAGUGUGUAAUUGAAAAGGGGUAAUUACCAUUUAAUUUUUUUGUGUGUGAUACAUCAGCACUGCACUUUAUUGGUUAAUGUGUUAAUCUAGCAAAUUGGCAUGUAUGUUGCAUUUACUAACUUUCUAUCUCAUCAUAUCAUUUUUACUUUGUAGGUGAUUCUCUAUCUUGUAUUAAGUGUUUGGGAAGCAGUAAGGAGACUUGCAUUGGUAGCAGUGUGACAUGUCCAUCUGAUAAUCUUUGUGCAAAUGGGUAUUCUCUUACCAACGCAGGUAUGUUUUGGGAUAACUGAUUUAAACUAUUAAAUAUUGCAAUAGAAUCUUAAUUGCAAUCAUUUUUUUUAUUAAAUUAGGAAAAAAAUGUGUCCAUGUAAAAUUUGCAUAGUUGUGUUUUAAGUGAUUACUAGGUCUAACUAAAGUGUAGGAUAAAGCAGCUUAAUUUAAUACUCUACUAUUAAGGGGGAAUCACUGGGAAUGGCUCUGAAAAUUACACGAUAAGAAGAAAAAUUAAAAUAACUUAUAUGUGUCAUUUUUUUAGGCAUGUUAAUUUCUCACAUUUGACUUUAAACAAAUCAAUUAUUUUAACAACUAAUCAAUAUGUCCAAAACAAAGCCUUUUGAUUUGUUUUUAAUAAAUCAAAUUAGUUUUGUUUUCGACUAAUUGAUUGGCUGUUAAACAAAUCUAAAAUUAUUUAAAGAAGAAUGCAAGUAACUCUCAAGUAUACUUUCAUUUGAUUCUCAGUUCUCAUUUAAAUGUAUUUUAAAGAUAUAGAAAUUUACUUUAUAAUUUGGUUCAGUCCUGGCACAGUCAUGGUACAUCUUGCAUUGGAAAAGGAGAAAAAGAAACAUGGUUAUAGUUUCUCCGCCUGCACAUACUAAUAAUAGAAACAUAGAAACACAGAAUGUGACGGCAGAUAAGAACCAUUUGGCCCAUCUAGUCUGCCCAAUUUUCUAAAUACUUUCAUUAGUCCCUGGCCUUAUCUUAUAGUUAGGAUAGCCUUAUGCCUAUCCCACGCAUGCUUAAACUCCUUUACUGUGUUAACCUCUACCACUUCAGCUGGAAGGCUAUUCCAUGCAUCCACUACCCUCUCAGUAAAGUAAUACUUCCUGAUAUUAUUUUUAAACCUUUGCCCCUCUAAUUUAAGACUAUGUCCUCUUGUUGUGAAAAGGGCACGACUAAAACAAUGACUGACAAGGAGACACGAGUACAGGUCCUCCUCUGAGCAGCAUAAGGGUUCACAUGUAGUCUAAAAAACUGCUCUUCAAUAUGCAAAGGAACUACAUAGCCUAUUAAGAGAAUCCAUCUUUUUGUUCCUUUUGGCCAUUUAUUAUCUUGACAUCCUUGGAGACAAUUGAUGUUUAUUGUGACAAGGUCUCGAUUAUGACUGCAAUGUCUGUUUUUAAUUAUGAUUGACAGGGAGCCAAGAUGGAGGUGACCUGUUCUUGAAUAGAGAUAAACAGUUCAGUGCACAUUUCUCCAUUUCAUUUCUAACAAAUGUUUGAUAAAUAUAAUAUAAAUAAAACAGGAGAAACACUGCUGUAGAAAGUUAGAGGAACACUAUAAUGUUAAGAGUGUAAACAUGUAUUCCUAACACUAUAGUGCUGGACUACCCAUUUAGGUGUCUGCUCUUCACCCCCCAGAAUGGAAAAAAAAAGUAGUUUACUUCCAAUAUUUGAAGAAGGUACAGCAGAAGCAGGAGCAGCCCAAAAAGUUUAAGUUUUAACCCUCUCUGCCUCCCAGAACACCCAGUAGGAAGAAUGGAGACUACAGCUGAAGGGUCUUUGUAUUAGUUUUUAUUUUGUGUUUAAUUGCAGUUACUAAGAGUUCUUUGAAGAAUGAUGAAACACAUAGGACCAGGACCACAGAGUGCAUUCCGUGGUCCUGAUAUUGGAGACUGAUAUUGAUUUUGGAGAAAAACAUGUCUAUCAAUCAUUUCCUACCCUUAUUAACCCAAAAAUGACUGUCAAAUCUUUCGUUGGAUCAAGAAGCUGCUAUCCCAAAUAUUAAAUAUUAUAUACAUGAAUAUGGUGUUACUGAAAAAAAAUCACCCAUUCACUGUUUCAAAAUCUGCACAGAUUAUAUAAAAAAAAAACAAAAAAAGGCUUUUCUGCAUAACUAAAAAACUUCUGUUUUAUCAAAGAAAAGGUUUACACUGCUUGCUAAAGUGUCCAUCUAUAAUGGCAAGUUAAAAUAAAAAAAGCAUGUAUUUGAAAUCUGAGCAAUUCACUCUUCAGUUUUUGGAGAAAUGUAUUGUAGGAAUAGGUUUUUGUCUAUGCAAGUGUCCAUAUUCUGGCUUGCACAGAACCUAGAGGAGGAUUAAUCCCUAAUUUGUGAUGUCAAGCCCCAUUAGUUUGUGGUAAAUAUACCUUAUAUGUGUAAAUAUUUUAAUAUUUGUAUCUAUUGUAAGAGGCACUGUUUCUUAAGGUCACCAACAAAGUAGUUUAUACAAAUGUCCCCUGGGAACUGUUAAACAUUGAAAAUGCUUUUUUUUAUUCUUGGAAUAUAUUUAGCUGGAACACUCACUCCAGUGUUUAACAGAGACUGUGGACCAAGGAAUCAGUGCAAUCUGACCGGAAGUGUCACUUUCAAUAUUGGUGUUGUCAGGGUAGCAACAACCUGUUGUAGCACUGACAAUUGUGAUCCGGGUAUUCCAACAUGUAAGUAUCAUUUUGAAAUGUGGAAUUAAUCAUGUUAAGAGCAAAUUCUCAGUGGAUAUAUGUCCUCCUCUCAACUUUUGUUUUAUUUCCUUUUUUCUAAUCAGUCAGUUUAUAACCCAGGUACAUGUAAAUAAAAAUAAUAUUGACUUCCAAUACAGAUAUAACUACAAUGAGCUAAAAUUUAUUUUUAAUUGAGACAUUGCCUGAUUUAACAUAGAAAAACAGGAGACAACAGCAGAGACAGAGACAUAGAAUAAAAAUGUAAUUAAAUGUUGUAUUCACAUGAGAUCUCUGCAUUUCAGCCAGUGGCAUCACUGUUGGAGGCAGGGUUAUUACUUAGCAGAGAGGGAGCAUGAUUUCAUUGUUAGCCAUAAGUAUGCUGAAAAUCUGCGAUUUCAGAUAUUCUGUGGGUACUUCUUUUUCAAUAUUAUAAUUUCUUACCCCUUCUCCUAUCAAUUAUUUGAUUAGACAUUUAAUUUACAAGAGGGAGAGUUCUGAAUAGCAAGCAAAUUUAGAAUAGACACAGUCCUAGAGAUCUUAAGCAUAUUGUAUUUAAAUAUUAUUGUUUAGCCCUAAAUCUGUUCAGGACCUGGACUGAGUGUAAGUAAUAAUAUAAUAAUGAAACAUGCGCAUUCGUUUUUGUACGAAUACGAUUUCAUCAGAAAAUUAGUUUUUUCGUAAUCGUUUACUAGAACGUAAAGGAAAGUUGCAGAUACGAAAUCUAAACAAAACGAAAGGGCAAAUGCAGAAUGCAUUACCUUUUCAUUUAGUUUCUUUUGUUCAAUAGACUCCGUGCUGCAGGGGAAUUAACCCCCACAGCACAGAGGAGAAACAAAAAAUGCUGGUUCUCCCUGCAGAGACUUAACCCAUGCAGGGCUGCAAGAAGACUAUUACAAGCACGGGUUAAGUGACUUAACCUGUGCUUGAAGAAAAUAACACUGCGCAUGCUUGGAAAAGAAAAGCAAGGAGGGAGCCAGAUCCCUCCUUGUAAUAAAUAUAAAUUCCUACCCCCCCCCCGCAUUAAAAACUAUGGGGGUCACUAUGACUCUCAUAUUAAUAAAAUGGAGAUUAAAUCCUCCUGCAUGCCCCUACUAUCGACAUACUGCGAGUAGGGGCAUGUCUCCUAAACGGCGAGCAACCAGUGGCUGCUCGCUGUCAUUUAUAACGACUAGUGACUGGGCAGCUAUUGACUGGGCAGCUAUUGCUGGCACAGGUCCCUCCAUUCCCCCGUGGUGGGGAAUCCAAAUAACUAAAUUUGGUGGGACAUAGUGCCCCCGUGUCCCCACCCAUGACCUAUGGGUGGGGGCCAUUAAUAUAAAAGGGUGGACUUAGUGUCCCCCCUGGCCCCCACCCAUGACCAUCGGGUUGGAACCUUAAUUAAAUAAAUAAUAGGGGGAACUAAUGUCCCCACCCAUAACGGGGGGGUAUCUAAUGUCCCUCCUGGUCUCCACCCAUGAGCGGUGGGUGGGGACCCAAUCACCAGCCUGAUCCUCACUGAUGACUGGUGGGUGGGGACCUUAAAUAAAUAAUAGGGGGACCUAUUGUCCCUGCCCAUGAGUGGCUGGAGGGGACCCUAAUUAAUUAAAUGGUCCCUAACCUCCUUCCAGAUCCCCACCCAUGAGUGGUGGGUGGAGACCUAAUUAAUUAAAGGGGUGGACCUAAUGACCCCACCCAUGAGCAGCAGGCGGCAGGUGGGGACCCUAAAUACAUAAAUAAUGGGGGGGCCUAAUGUCCGCAUGACCACCAGUGUGGGGACCUUAAAUAAUUAAAUAAUGGGGGGGCCUAAUGUCCCCCCCAGGUCCCCACCUAUAAGCAGUGGGUAGGGACCACAAAUAAUAAAGUAACUAAGGGUACCCAAGCCACCAGUCACUCCCCCCCAAUAAAAAUACUCUACCUACCCUAAUAAUAGUGAGCGGUGGGACACCCUGUAAAAAAACAUUUCAUACUUACCAUUAGGUGUCUUCUUUCUUCUUUUCUUUUCUUUCUUCAGCCCCCAAAAAUGCCCCCAAAAAAUCCAUAAUACCCAGUUCGCAGUGCUACUUUCGUCCUAAAAAACUAAAACAAAUAAUUUUUUACAGAAUUUACCAAAUUUACCGAAAAACAAAUGGUUUAUGGACGAAAUUCAGAAUGAACAAAUUACGAAAUCAUUCAUACAAAACGAAAUUUUCACUGGUGCACAUGUCUAAAAAUAAUGAGAAUGUGAAGCCAAAGAACAGCUCGUGAGAUCAGAAGCUCACCCGUGCGUGCCCACUCAGUUUGGAAGACUCUGCUGCCUGGAUGACACCCUAGAUGAAAUUGAAUUUACCACUAUCCCUUUGUCACAUUUACUCUUGUUGCACAAUCAGACCGUAUCCUGGAUCUACCUGGCCGAAGUUUCUACCUCGUCAGGAGUGCUCUGGUGCACUGUGGUUGUGUAUGUGUAUAGAGAGCAUGUGGUAGAUGUUUUCAUGUUUGGGUUGCUCCUCUAACUACAUACUUUUGUAUCAUUAUUGUGAACUAAUACAAUGAACCAAUUUUAAAUUAAUAAGAUUUAAAAUGAAUUUAAAAAGAAAACACCAUGUGCGAGCUAAAAAGCUUAAUUAUUGAACAUCUAUGUUUCUUUUAAUUAAUAGUUUUAUAUAUUUAUCAUCCCGUAAAGUGCCAUCUAAUAACAUUCAGCAGAAUGGAUUAACCUGCAGAACCUGCUACUCAGGGAAUUCCCUCUCGUGUUACACGUCAGAAACCAUCCAAUGUAAAGGUGUAGAGAACAAGUGUCUCCUCAUGGAAAAACAGUUAUCAGGUAAUUUCAGGAGUUUUUACACUCGAGAUUUUUAAUGCAUUUGAUUCAUAAUUCAUAAAAAAUGAUGCGCUAAACAAAUAUUUACUACAUUUAAAAAGAAACAGACACCCCUCUAAAUUGAAUCCCUUCUAGAACAUGUUUUCAUGUUCCGAGCUUCCUCCAUGAUAUCCUCUUCAACCAAAUAAUAACCAUUUUUUUUUUUUUUUUUAUUACUUAUGAAAUGCUAAUGAUAUUCGAUUGUUUCGAGGAAUUCAAAUUUAGGUCUUUAGCAGCUAUUCCUAUAUUUUCAAUAUUUUGCCUUCUUUCCAAUUCUGGAGAGCAAAUUUGUAGGCGGUAAACAUGAGUCAUUAUACUGUCCUGGUAUAACUUUUUUUUUUAUUUUGGAAUCCUAAACAUCCUUUAUUCUUAUUCAAGGAUUUAAUCAAGGAUAGAAUCUUUUGGCUAAUCCUGGGUGGCUUUGUUUUUCAUAAAAACCUUGUUAGACUAAUUUGUAACAUUAUAAGCCAAGGAGUGGGAAUUGAAAAUGGAAUCAUUUCAAACAUAUAUGACUAUCUAGGAAGAAUAUCACUGUUAACAAGAUUGAUGCGGCCCCACCAGGAUAGUUCCACCUUCCUCCAUUCUUUAAGAGAUUGAUUUGUUGAUUUUAAAAUCUCUAGAAAGUUUGCUUCCAUUAAGCUGUUUACAUUUUUGGUGAUUUUAACACCUAACUAUGAAAAAACUGUGCUUAACCCAGCUAAAUUGAUAAAGACUUUUGAGUAGGUUUUUUUGAUUUUUUUUAUAUUUAAAGGUAGAAUCAUAGAAUUUCUAUAUUUCUUUUAUAGUUACAUACUUUGCUGUAUUCAAGAAUUUUUUUAUAAGAUUUGGUAGUGAGUCUUCUGGGUUGAUUAUUGUUAAAAUAACAUCAUCUGCAUAUAGAAUGAUUUUGAAUUGAUUUAAUUUCCUUUUAUUUUUUGAUAAUAUCUUAUUUUCAUUGCUAAUGGUUCAAUUGAUAUGAUAUAAAGAAGUGGAAAAAGUGGACAACCCUGUCUGAUUCCGUUUUUUAUCGGAAACCAGUGAGCAAAAUACAGUGUCCCACUGUUCUUGCUAAUGGACAUAAUUGCUUGGAGCAUCCAGUCUUGUAUACUAAAAUAUUGAAGAGACUUGCUCAUAAAUCCCCAACUGACUCAGUCGAAAGCUUUUUCAGAAUCUAUUGACAAAGUCAGGAGAGGAGUCUCAGAUUUUUCUGCCAAGUCCAAAAUAUCUAUUAAACGUCUGAUAUUGGAGCCUGAAAAUCUGUUUGGCAUAAAGCCUAUCUGGUCAGGGUGAAUUAAAUUAUUUUAAACUUGCUUUAGCCUUUCUGUGAGAAUGGAUACAGAUAUCUUAAUGUCGGAAUUCAUGAGAGAUAUUGGUCUAUAAUUUUCUGGUUUUAAAGGAUUUUUGUAAGGUUUCAAAACUGGAAUUAUGUUGGCUUUCGUUAAUUCUGUCGGUAAAUUUGUUUGCUGUACUAUAUCAUUAAAUGUAGAUGUUAGAUGUUCUAGGAGAUUAGAUUUAAAUGAUUUAUAAAAAAUAUUGCUUAGCCCAUCAAUAUUAGCCCAAAUAUAGCUUAGCCUGGGUUUUUUGGGAAUGUAAGUUAGAUAUAUUUUGAUCAAUUUCUUCUGUAGUUAUAGGAAGAUUUACUUUGUUUUUUGUGUUUGAGUUAGUUCUGGGAAUUCAAGGUUUUGUAAAUAAUUAUCUAUAUCUAAAUCUUGAGGGUAAUUGUUUAUAUUGUAUAAUUCUUAGUAAUACUUGUUAAUAGCAUUGCCUAUACUUUCAAGAGAUAAUAGAAUUUCAUUUUUAUACCAUCAGUUUUUGGACUCUAAUAACAGCCUUAAAGAUACACCAAUUAUUUGCUAUAGACGUGUCUAGUUGGUUAUUUUCUUUAAAAUAUAGAUUUAUUAGAUUGAAAUAUAAUUUUUAUUUUCUUUCAAAUUAAGCAAAUACUCAUUCAAUCUCUGUGGAGGUCUACCAUUAUAUCUAAAUGAGUCUUUAAGUUCAAGUAUAAAAAUACUUGGAUCUGACCAUGUGUUAUUUAAAAUAUAUAUUUUUAGAAUUCUGUUUAUUAAAGGUAGAUUCCCACAGAUCAGAUCUAUCCUAGAGUAUGACAUAGUCUUUUUCCCUUGAGCACACUAUUAACACACAGUUCACUAUACAUAAACAGUUCAAAUAUGGAUUCCUCCUCUAAAGCAUCCUCCAUACAAUUAAAUGUAACAUAACCAAUCCCCUCCCCAGCUCCACUCUGUCCGAGCUGAUAGUUGUUAAGGAGAUCAGUUAACAUGAUCAGUUUAGAGUCAACAAAGUUAAUGCUAUUUCCCCCCUGCCAUGUUCUCUCCAGACAGGGCACCAGUGAAUCUUAGCCCCCAAACUCCCUCUCUCAACAAAGCAUCCCCACAAACGAUACAUCCCUGGGUCUCCCAAAAAAGACCGUAGAUCAGAGGAAGCCAGCCAAAGCUACAGUGCUUUUAAAGUUUCACCGGGAUUCGGCCAGGCUUCGAUCCAGCAAAGAGUGUCAUGGGACAGGAUUCAUAGUCUGUGGAGAAUUAGUUGGCCUUCAAGCCCAUCCACGAGCCACUGGGACAGGGGCUUCUGUCACACUCAUAUAUUGUAAGCUAGUGUGAGCAGUGACUUUUUCAACUCUAAACAUUCCCUUUCAAACUGUAAAGCAUUGCAGAACCUCUUGCUUCUCUAUAGAUGCUAAUAACAAGUAAGAGAAUGCUGAUGGAAAAAGUAGUGUAAGACCAUGUAUGCAUUGUUUGACAUUCUGUCUUUUUAUCCAUUACAUAUGUUUGUAGAAGUAAUUUAGACAGUUACUUCGAUAGCCACCCCCACACGGUAUAGAAAUCUUUGCAAUUCAUCUUCAUGACUUCAUAUAGAAGCCAGAUAUGAGUAUUGAAAGGUCUGAGCAUACUACAGGGAUUUAUUGCAGGCUGUAAAAAUUUCCUGCAAACCAUGCAUUGUACAGGUGAUUAGUGUAUGAAAUGUGCUGCAUGUGGACAUUAUGGCCAUGUAAAUACUUUUAUUUUCAAAUCCCAGUACUACUUUUAAAAUAUAGUUCCCACAAAUUACAUAAAAACCCCUAUCAUUACCCACAUUGAUGUUAAUAGACCAUUUUUUUUAUUUGUUGCCACAGCUUUUUGUUGUGCUAAUACAGAUAUAUAAUAACAUUAGUCUGUUUUACUCCAACAUGCACAAAAUAUUUUAGAGAAGAAGCAUUUUAGAAUACCAUAUAAUUUACUGAACAGUAAGUUGGUAUUUGUUAACGUAAAACAUUUAUUAUUUACAGGAACAUUCUUUUCAAAGGAAGCUCUUCGAGGAUGUGCCACGGACACAUACUGCAGUCUUCUUGGUACCCAGACAGCGAGCUACGAUGGUCUGAACAUUGAUAUGAAAGUGUUCUGCACAAGUGGAACCAAUAGUGUCCACGGUGGAUUUUUCCUUUCCACAACUGCUUUUCUAGUUUUACUGAAAUACUUAUUUUUUUUAAAUUAA